CAUUCUACGCUAAAAGGUUGAAUUUUUGGCAGAGGCAACAAAGACCCGUUUCAGUUCGCAUCGGCUCUCAUUUUUCCAUUUCUUUGUAUUGUUCCUUUUGCUAAACUUUCAGCUUUCAGAGCAAAAACAUGUUAAAACAGGUUCGUCUUCUUCUUCUCUUCUUGGCCUCUGGAUUGACCCUCUCCGUUUCAGAGUCCCAAUCUGUUUCUCUUCUGCCUCAUGCUGCUGACUCCUUCAAUGUCAGCUAUAUCCAGCUGAAGAACGCGGCGACUUGUUCUUACUUGGUGGUUAUAUCUACUAGUUGUUCGUCUCCUAGGUAUACGAGAGAUCAGAUCAGUAUCGCUUUUGGGGAUGCUUAUGGAAAUCAGAUAUAUAUACCAAGACUGGAUGAUCCAACUUCUGGUACAUUCGAGAGUUGUAGUUCAGAUACAUUUCAAAUAAGUGGUCCGUGUGCAUAUCAGAUAUGUUAUGUAUACCUAUAUAGACACGGAUCAGAUGGUUGGAGGCCUGAAAGUGUGAAAAUCAAUAGUUAUAAUGGCAGGGCUGUUACUUUCUAUUACAACACAUAUAUCCCCGGUGAUACUUGGUAUGGAUUUGAUUUGUGCAGCGGUGCUUCUUCUUCGAACCAGGUAUCCAAGCAGAAAUGGAUUAUAUUUAUGGUUCUAGGAUUUGUUCUAAGUUUUUGGUCGUAAGUUUGUGUAUUUUUCAUCUUAUAAUAUUUGCUGCACCUUUGUACCCCAUGAGACUUAGCACCAUAUGUUGAAGUAUAAACACUAGAUGCUUAAAACCUGUGUCUAAAACAGUUUAUCACUUUGCUUUCUUUUUAAUUUUUUAUACUCCCGAGUAUGAUGUGCUUAAUGUUAGCAGAAGUGGUUGGAGGGUGGUGCUGUAAAUUGAUACCCUCAUCAUUCUAUAACCUUAAACUUGAACAUAUGAUGUGUUUCGGGUCAUUCUUCUUGGUUUCAUUUCGACCAACAAUGGUCAAAUCUUUCAUCAUUUCGGUUUUCUUUGUAAUUGUUCAUGACUUAGAGCAUCAAACGAGAUAAUCCAAUUCACUAA